AUGUCGAGAAUCGAGGAGCUUCCAGACGACUUUGACGAGUCGCUCAACCUCAAUGGGGUGCCUCCUCAGGUCGCCCAGGACCUGCCGCAGCCCGGCUUUGACGCCUUCGCCGCAACCAACGAGGCGCCCUUCCCUAUCAAUGAAGAGAGACUGAAGGAGCUCAUCAAUGACCCCAAUGCGCCCGGUAUGCCUCCGGCCAUGGCGUCGGUCAAGUCGCAUUCCAAGGAGGAACUGCUGGAUAUGAUGAACAAGACUCCAUUGUUCAUGACGGAUAUUGAGAAUGCUGGUGACGAGAAGGGUGAAAAUGUUCUUUUGGAUGCACUGCAAGCUCUGCAAAACGAAGGAACCCGAGGCGAGGUUGCUCAAAGUUUCAAGGAACAAGGCAAUGAGGCUGUCCAGGAAAAGCGCUGGAUCGAUGCCAAGGAGAUGUAUACCAAGAGUAUUGCCGUGAUCUACGCCAAAGAAGACAAAUGGGACAAGCCCGAGGACCUUGAGACGGAAAAGAAACUCCUGCGCCAGAUGGAGGAAUUAUCCCACAUCAACCGGGCAUUGUGCAACCUUGAGCUUGGUAACCUUCGCUCUUGCACCCUCGACUGUGCCGCCGUUAUCAAACUCAACCCGAAGAAUGUCAAGGCUUACUACCGUUCAGCAAUGGCUCUGCUCAAGUUGGAUAGAGUCGCAGAGGCUGAAGACGCUGCUUCGCGGGGCCUGGCCAUCGAUUCCUCCAAUAAGGCACUUCAAACUGCUGCUUCCAAGAUUGCCGAUCGCAAGGCUCAAGUGGAGCGCGUCGCUGCCAAGCGCAAGGCCGAGGAGGAGCUCGCGCGCAAGCAGAACCUAGUUCUAAGCACCGCUCUGCGUGCCCGCCAGAUCCGCACCCGCAAGACUGACCAGCCUCCAGACAUGGAAGACACCAGGAUUCGUCUGGUUCCCGACCCACUUUCACCAGAGAGCUCGGUCGAGUUCCCUGCCGUCUUCCUCUAUCCGAUGGAUGCCCAGUCCGAUUUCAUCAAGGGUUUCUCUGAGCUACAUUCGAUUGUGGAUCACCUGGAUUACAUCUUCCCACUUCCUUGGGAUACUAAGAAGGAGUACACGAUUAACAACGUCGAGUGCUUCAUGCAGACUGUCUCCGGUGGUCUCAUCAAGGCUGGAAAGAAGCUUCCUUUGUUGCAGAUUCUUUCUGGUGGCAAGGUUGAGAUUGUGGACGAACUGGUCAGAAUCUUUAUCGUACCGCUUUCCAAGACUGGUGCUUUCAUCGCUGAGAUGAAGGCCCGCAAGGAAGGUUGA